AUGCCGAACAACAAAAUGUCAAGCUCGGCCAUCGCGCGCCGCAUGCGGCCGAUCCGCGCGACGCCCGAGGCGCUGGCGGCGCAGGCGCAGCAGCACGUGCCGCAGCUCGUGGUGCGCCCCACCAACCGCGGCGGCGAGACGCUGCAGGUGGCCAUGGGCGGCACCGCCAUCGAGCGCUCCAUGGUCAACGUGGGCUCCAUCGCCGUGUACCACGUCAAGCCCGUGGUGUCCACCGACAAGCUGCACGGCAAGAAGUCCACCAUCUUUGCCGUGCACGUGCAGAACGCCAUCACCGGCCGCAGCUGGGUCGUGCACCGCCGCUACUCGGACUUCAUGAUGCUGCGCGGCCUCGUGGCCGAGCACUUCAAGCUCUUCGGCGACGAGUUCCCGCGCAUCUCGAGCCUCGCGGACGAGCUCUACUUCCCCAAGAAGCACAAGUUCCGCCACAAUAUGGGCAAGGUGGUCGAGCACCGCUGCGACGCCUUUCUCGAGUACCUCAUGGGGCUGCACCGCCUGCUCAUCUGCCAGAACUACCUGACGCGCCGCGACAUCAGCCCCAUUGGGCUCUCCAUCCUGCGCGGAUUCCUGGGCAGCGCCAUCGUGCAGGACCCGAGCCACAAGGCCUACACGUUCCACAAACCCAUCCUGCCGAUCGAGCUCAACCCGGCCGACCGCACGCCGAUCAACCAGUGCGGAUCCCUGACGACGGUGCUGGAGGACGACGCCGAGUACGAAGUGGAGGUGGAAGAGGCCGCCGAGCCCGAGCCGGAAGCCGACGUGGUCUCGCGUGACGGAUCUGAUGGCGACUCGCUCUCGGAGGACUUAAGCGACGGCGAGGACACGGAGGAGGAAAUGAUGCGCAUUUCUGAGAUCGUCGACCGACGACGCUCGCACAAGUACGCGCGCAACCGCCGCGUGCUGCUCUUCCUGCGCAAGGACGGCGUGUCGAACGAGCCCGAGUCUCCCACCUCUGCCGACUCUGAGGACUGCCCUCCGUGCACCCCUCGUCCAGGCAACCGCAUCCACACUGAUAAGAUGUACGUGCGCGCCUCCGAGAUGCUGCGACCGUCCGAGAUGGUCGCCGUGCGCAUGUCGGAGAUGCCUGCCAAGGCCAUCUCGGCAUAA